UGCAGCGUAUUUUGCUCGCCAACACAAGUUUCAGUUGAAGGCGAGAGAGACACGAGAGUCUGAACCCAAGUUUGAGUUUCAGUUGAAAGCCGCGGCCAAGUCAAGGAGACAAGGUGGAGGCGACCAAGCAGCAUACACGAGGAAUCGCCGAUCCAACCAUGGACGCCAACCUGCGGCCCGACCCUGCCGCCGGCGUUGAGCCGCCCUCCACUGCCACCGGAGGCGAUUGGCACCAGCCCGAGGCACGCAGCAGGAUCGUCAAUAAGAUAACGGAAGCUCUAAAGAAGCGCCUCCCAGUAUCUGCGCCAGAGGAGCUGAAUCAACUUCGAGAGAUCGCUGUGCGAUAUGAAAACAGGAUCUAUACUCAAGAAACCAAUCAGUCUGAUUAUUUGCGGAAGAUUUCUCUGAAAAUUCUCUUUAUGGAGAUGAAGACACAACAGGCUCCAAGAAAUGCUACAGUCAUUCCUGAACGAAACAACUCCAGUAAGGAAUCGCCGAUCCGCACAAUUGACGGACCCACCGGGUCGGAACCCGCCGGCGGCGGCGGCAUUAACCCGCCGCUCACCGGAGGCGAUUGGCGUGCCCAACUUCAGCCCGAGGCUCGCAGCAGGAUCGUCGAUAAAAUGCCGCCGCUCACCGGAGGCGAUUGGCGUGCCCAACUUCAGCCCGAGGCUCGCAGCAGGAUCGUCGAUAAGAUAAUGGUGACUCUAAAGAUGCACCUCCCAAUAUCUGCGCCUGAGGGACAGAACGAGCUUCAAAAAAUCGCUGUGCGAUUUGAAGAGAGGAUGUAUACUCUAGCAACCAAUCAGUCUGAUUAUUUGCGGAAGAUUUCUCUGAAAAUGCUCGCUAUGGAAAGCAAGGCACAACAAGCUCAUGGAAAUGCUCAAGUGAUUCCAGAUCAAAACAACUCCAGUAAGCCAGAUACACAUGCCUCUCAAAAACGUGCCCGUCUGACCUAGUGAUCACUCUUGAGUGUAAGGAAUUUGAACUCAAAAGAGUAGCGUAGAUAUGUAUUUUUUGUUUUUAUUUUGGAUCAUUUGUAUCCUUGUUAUAUGUAUCUUGUUCCUAUAUAUAAUAUACUAGAAGGGUUUGGCACACUUCACUGC